CGCAAAUAAAAUUAGUGAAGAUAUGUUAAUAGGUGGUGAUGUUGAUAGUUUGGGUGUUGAUGACGAGUUAGUAAAUAACAAGGCGGAUGAUGAUUUGAUUGAAAUUGAACAAGAUAAUAAGGAUGGGAAUCAGAAAAUUAGUGAACGUAAAGAAAAGUUUAAGAGUAGUAAUAAGAAAGGUAAAGAGCGAGCUGUUCAUAAAGUAGUUCAUAACACCAGGUCGUCUAGUUUUAAGAUAGAUGUUGAUAAUGAAAGCGA